GCGCUCCCCACCAGUGACCAUAUCCGUUCCACAACCCCCCCUCUCCUGUCCCACUCUCGCCGCUGCACACCCUCCUUCCCCCUCCGCGCCGCCGCCGGAGGCGCCUCGAUCCAGAUCCAGGAGACAUGCCUCGCUAUGAUGAUCGUUAUGGGAACACACGCUUGUAUGUUGGCAGACUCUCCUCCCGCACUCGUUCCCGCGACCUGGAAUAUCUUUUCAGCAAAUAUGGAAGAAUACGAGAAGUGGAGUUGAAGCGCGACUAUGCAUUUAUUGAAUUCAGUGAUCCUCGUGAUGCUGAUGAUGCACAAUACAACCUAGAUGGCAGGGAAGUUGAUGGGAGCCGCAUUAUUGUUGAGUUUGCUAAAGGGGUUCCUCGUGGUUCUGGUGGCUCACGUGAGUACAUGGGAAGAGGGCCUCCACCAGGAACAGGUCGUUGUUUUAACUGUGGAAUUGAUGGUCACUGGGCAAGGGACUGCAAGGCUGGUGACUGGAAGAACAAAUGCUACCGUUGUGGAGAAAGGGGCCACAUAGAAAGAAAUUGCCAGAACAGUCCAAGGAACCUCAGGCGUGAGAGAAGCUAUUCACGGUCACCAUCUCCACGCCGUGGACGGGGGCGCAGCCGGAGCUACAGCAGAAGCCGGAGCUAUAGCCGUUCUAGAUCCGCAUCUGGAUCUCCCAGGGGUGGACGCCGAGACCGUGAUGAGAGGAGAUCAAGGAGUCUUAGCUACAGCAGGAGCCCCAGGCGUUCUGCCUCACCAAGUGCAAAGGAAAAGGAGCGCAGCCCCACACCUAAUGGCAGUAGGAGCCCAAGGAGUCCCAGCCCAAGGGAUCAGGUGAGCCCGCCACCAAAGGACAAUGGUGAACGCAAUGGCUCAGACCGUGGUGACAGCCCUGUGAGGAGGGAGAACAGCAGGAGCCGCAGCCCAUCUGAUGGCUACCGAAGCCCUGCAGCCAAUGGGCGCAGCCCGAGCCCUAGAGAUGACCGGAGCCCUAGUCCCAAAGGCAACGCUGGUGAUGAUGAUGGCCGUGGUUCACCAAGAGGAAGCCAGUCCCCCUGAAAACCUUUCAUCCCAGUUUGAGAUGCAAUGUGCCGAUCUGGUUGUAGCCGUUAUAUUUCAGUUUUAAGACAGAAUGAACUGUAUUUGCUCAUUUUCUGGACGAAUUCUGCUUUUGUGAGCUAGAAACUUAUGCAAGGAUCUGUUGCCCGUGGGCUAUCCCUGGUUUGUAACGUUGAUAUUUGAACUUCUUAGACUGCUUAAUUUGUAUUUUCGCCAGAUAAA